AUGUAUGAUGACUGCAUGGAGCCCACCAAAGACUAUUAUCUCUUCUGUGACAAUGAGGGGGCAUGGGGCAUUGUCCUGGAGUCCUUGGCAGCAAUUGGCAUCGUGGUGACCAUUCUGCUGCUCUUAGCCUUUCUCUUCCUCAUGCGAAAAGUCCAAGACUGCAGCCAGUGGAACGUCCUUCCCACCCAGUUCCUCUUCCUGCUGGGUGUGCUGGGGCUCUUUGGACUUGCUUUUGCCUUCAUCAUCCAGUUCAAUGAACAAACUGCCCCUGUGCGCUACUUUCUCUUUGGGGUUCUCUUUGCUCUCUGCUUCUCCUGCCUCCUGGCUCAUGCCUCCAACCUGGUGAAAUUGGUCCGGGGCGGGGUCUCCUUCUCUUGGACAACAAUCCUGUGCAUUGCUGUUGGGGUCAGUCUGCUGCAGACCAUCAUCGCCAUCGAGUAUGUGACGCUCAUGAUGACCCGAGGCAUGAUGUUUGUGCACAUGACACCCUAUCAGCUCAAUGUGGACUUUGUUGUGCUGUUGGUCUAUGUCCUCCUCCUGAUGGCCCUUACGUUCUUCGUUUCCAAAGCCACUUUCUGUGGCCCGUGUGAGAACUGGAAGCAGCAUGGACGGCUCAUCUUUGUCACUGUGCUCCUCUCCAUCAUUAUCUGGGUAGUAUGGAUCUCCAUGCUCAUGAAAGGCAACCCACAACUCCAGCGGCAGCCCCAGUGGGACGACGCGGUCAUCUGCAUUGGCCUGGUCACCAAUGCGUGGGUUUUCCUGCUGCUGUACAUCAUUCCUGAGCUCUGCAUUCUCUACAGAUCAUGCAGGCAGGACUGCCCUCCACAAGGCAAUGCCUGCGGUGUGGUCCCAGUCUACCAGCACACCUUCCGCACAGAGAACCAGGAGCUCUCCAGAGCCCGAGACAGUGAUGGAGCUGAGGAGGAUAUAGCAUUAACUCCCUAUGGUACUCCCAUUCAGCUGCAGACUGUUGACACCACUCAGGAGUAUCUCAUCCCACGGGCGAUGCUGAGCCCCCAGCAAGAUGCAGGAUUGUAACGUCCACAGGAAACGUGAGCUGGGGAAAUCCAGGACAGCGUCCUGAUCAAGGUGGCCGGGAUAGAGAGCUGGGGAGCUUAGGAGUCACACUUGCGACAGUGCCUCUGCUGGUCCGUCCUCUUCCGAUUCCUGGCCCUCCCCAUCCUUCAGGACACUGCAUCCAACAACUACUCUGUCCUGCAGAAUUACACCCUUGCU